AUGCUCUUUACUCCAUGGCGGAAUGAACAAACAGAUUUAAUAAAAAAUUCUUCUUCUUUUCAAGAACACUAUAUAGCUCGGCAUGAUGAGAUAAAUGAGCAGAUGAGACAAUAUGAAGUUUGUAGUGAAGACUUAAAUGAAAUUCAACAUAGUUUACAGCAACAUGAUGAUGAUUUGUAUGACACAAUAGCACCAGUCACACAAGAUACUGAACGUCAAGAUGAGAACGAAGGUAAUACAGAUACACAUCCGGAUUUGAAUGAAUCAUAUGACCUAUCAGAGGAUUUGGGUAUCCCAUCAACAUUACCCAGAAAUGAACCACUCAUUCUAAAUGAAAUGCAAGAUGGUGAGUACCGAAGAUUAGUUCAAAUGCUUAAUAAAAAACAAAGAGAAUUUUUUACCAUGCUCUGCAUCUAAUUAAAACAUCAGCUGAUAAACCAUUUUAUGCCUUCUUAAGUGGAAGUGGUGGUGUUGGUAAAUCUCAUCUCAUAAAAUCAAUUUAUCAAGCAGCAUUAAAAUACUAUAAUACACAAGCUGGUGAAGAUUUCCGUCGCGCUCAUGUAUUAUUACUUGCUCCUACAGGGAAAGCAGCUUACCUUAUUAAAGGUAACACGAUUCAUAGUGCUUUGGCAGUCCCAGCAAGUCAAUCACUUAAGAAUUAUAAGCCACUUGAUUCUGGUAGGUUAAACACAUUAAGAUGUGAACUGGGUGCAUUGAAGUUGAUACUACUUGACGAAAUAUCAAUGGUUGGAAACAGCAUGUUUACAAUUCAGUUGAAUAACCGUUUAAAUGAUUUAAAAGGAAGUAAAGAAGACUUCGGUUGUGUUAGCAUCAUUACAAUAGGUGAUUUGUUUCAACUUAAACCUGUCAUGGAUGGCUACAUUUUCAAUGAUGUUCAGUCUUUAAGUUCUUAUAAUACUCUUGCUCCAAAUUUAUGGAAAAGAUAUUUCAGAAUGUUUGAGCUUGAUGAGAUUAUGCGACAAAGAGAGAGCAAAGAGUUUGCUGAAAUCUUAAAUAGAUUAAGAGAAGGUAAACAUACCUCCAGUGACCUCCAAAAACUGAAGGAGAGAUGUGUUGAAGAAUCUAGUUGUCCAAAAGAAGCACCACGUUUGUUUAUUCAAAAUGCUUUCGUUGACGACCAUAAUGAAAAAGUGUAUGAAUCAUUUAGUGGUGAUAAAUAUGUAAUUAAUGCACAAGAUAGUGUUAUUGGAGCAUGUUCUGUUGAGCUUAAAGAGAAAAUAAUGAGGCAAAUACCUUAUGUUUCAUUAAGAAACUCUAAACAGUUAGCUCGUAAACUAAAACUUGCUGUAGGGCAACGCACAGAAAUGGCAGUUGAUGUGCGAACUGAUGAUGGUCUUACAAAUGGUGCUAGUAACAUAAUAAAAUUAAUACAAUUAAUAGAUGAAAGUAAACCAUCUGGUCUUGUUUGGGUGCAGUUUGACCAUGAAGAUGUUGGCAUAAAGACCCGACAAGAAAACAGAACUCUAUAUUCUAGAGGUAUUGAAAGUAUGUGGACACCAAUUAAACCUGUUACAACACAAUUUGCGGUGGGCAGAACUAAAUCAGCUCAAGUUGUAAGAAAGCAAUUUCCAUUACGGCCAGCAUCAGCCAAAACUGUUCAUAUAUCACAGGGUGAUACCCAAUCACAAAUAGUUGUGAACUUAAAUACUAACAGGGCUAUUCCUCAUAUACAUUAUGUUGCUUUAAGUCGAGUUACAACAAUUGAAGGGUUGUAUAUCACUGACCUAUGUGAAGAUAAAAUAUCUGUUGAUCAAAGAGUUGUUAAAGAAAUGGAAAUGUUCGGAACAGAACAUAGCUUAAAGCUUUGUUUUACACCACUAUAUAUGUUGGAUCAUUCUGAUUUAAAAGUCUGUUACCUCAAUACUCGAUCUCUGCAUAAACACAUUGAAGAUGUUCGAAAAGACAUCAAUUAUUCCUCUACUGACAUUUUAAUAUUUACUGAAACUAGGUUCAGCUCAUUGAAUCCUAAUGAAAUGUACAAUAUUGAUGGUUACAGCCUAUUUAGAAAUGAUAUUUCUCAAUAUUCUGGUCCUGGGCGACCAUAUGGUGGAACAGCUGUUUAUAGUCGAAUCCCUUUGCAAGAAGGAUAUCCUUAUGCUCACAAUUUAAAUGGAAUUGAGGUCAAUUAUUAA